CUGUGAUCUGUGCCGGAACACAAACAGCCACGUAGCUUGGAGCGGGGAGGAGAGCGUCGCUCUGUACGUGCAGUGAGACAGGGGAGACGCGCUCUCUGUUCAUGGAUGCCGGAGCAGAACCGUACACACUGCUACAGAGAUGGAGAACGGAAACACACUGACAGCGGAGACCACUGACACACACACCACCACCACCGCCGCCGACACACACACCACCGCUGACACGCACGCGGGCAGAGAUGGAGAGACAAGCGCGCUGAAGUUAGGACUAGAAGUGCAGACUGAGGAGAACAUCCCCAACGGUCACGUGGGAGUGGAGCCGCUGGAGAACGGCGAAGUUCAGGGAGAGACUGGAAGCGACAGCCCGCCGUCUGCCGCGUCACUUCCUGUCCUGCGGCCCGUGUCACUUCCUGGUGCAGGUGUGGCUUGUUUCCCUGACAGCGUAGAGAAGCCUGAGGGCUCGGCACUGCAGUCGCUCAGACUAAGUAUCCCAAUGCAGGAGACGGAACUGUCGAACGAGCCGUCUCUGGAGAUGGAGAACGAGGAGAAGAUCCGCCUGGAUGCUCGGCGUCGCCUGGAGGAGCAGCUGAAGCAGUACCGCGUUCAGAGACACCGGGAGAGGUCGCACCAUCGGUCAUCCCCUAAGUCCCGCCCCUGCAGCACCCUCGACCCGGAGCUCAUGCUGCACCCGGACAUCUUGCCCCGCGCCUCUGCUGUCGCCAUGACGACCGAGUACUCCUUCCUGCGCACCAGCGUUCCCCGCGGACCCAAACUGGGCAGCCUGGGCAUCCCGGCUCCCAAAGACAGGAAGUCCAAAUCCUCGCGAUCCGGCAAGAUCCACUCGCUCGCCGACUACAAGACCCCAGAUACACCUGGCGAGAAGUCCUCGUCGUCCUCCGUCUCUGUCUCCACUGUUUCUGAGAUGAACUCGAGCUCCGUCUCCACGCUGUCCGAGAUCAGCACCAGCUCCGUCUCCACGCUGUCCGAGAUUAGCGCCCCCGGCUCCGAAAACGGAGGGAACGUCGCGGACGGCGGAGCGACAGAGCUCACGUUAGCGGCCAGCAGGGCGGCGGAACAGGAAGUGGUUGUGGUGCAGUAUCCCUCGCUGAGGGAGGUGCUGCAACAGGCCAAUGAGGAGCUGGAGCUGGAGAAGGAAGCCGGGGCCAACGAGGAUCUGGAGAGUGAGGGCGGGGCCGAGUCACGCAGCCGCAGGGACAGCUUCUCCAGCACUGUAUCGUACGGGAGCUCGGUGAUGGGGACUCAUGACGAGCUGCUGCAGGUGUUGAAGGAGAAGAUGAGGCUGGAGGGACAGCUGGAGUCCGUGUCCUCCGAGGCCAGUCAGGCUCUGAAGGAGAAGACAGAGCUGCAGGCGGAGUUGGCGGCGCUGGAUGCCCGUCUGCGCGCUCAGCGUGAGGAGACGCGCGUGAGUUCGGAGCGUCAGGCGUCCCUGGCGUCGGAGGUGUCGUCCCUGCGCUCGGAGAGGGGUGGGCUGGAGCGGGCCGUGGCGGAGCUGCAGGGUCAGCUGGAGGAGAAGAACGCCGGCCUGGAGUCGCUCUCCAAGGACCUGCAGCUGGCUGAGGAGCAGUACCAGAGGCUCAUGGGACGGGUGGAGGACAUGCAGCAGGGCCUGAGCACGCGGGACUCCACGGUGAGCGAGUUGCGUCAGCAGCUGACCGGACUACACGCACAGCUGCAGCAGGUGGAGGUUGAACGCGGGAUGCUGAACUCUCGGCUGCAGACGUCUCAGGCGGAGGUUCAGUCACUGCAGCAGCUGCGCAGUUGGUACCAGCAGCAGUUAGCCAUCGCGCAGGAGGCCCGGGUCCGGCUGCAGAGUCAGAUGGCCAACAUGCAGGCAGGUCACAUGACUCAGAUCGGCGUGCUGGAGAACCUGAAGAUUGAGAACGUCAGUCUCUCUCACCAGCUCACCGAGACCAAACACCGCUCCAUAAAAGAGAAGGAGCGCAUCGCCGUCCAGCUGCAGAGCAUUGAGGCGGACAUGCUGACGCAGGAAGCAGCGAUCCAGCAGAUCCAUGAUGCGAAGUCGAUGGUGGAGAACGACCUGCAGCACAAGCUGGAGGAGUUCGAGGAGGAGCGAGAGCAGCUGCUGAGGGCGGCCAACAAGUCUGCAGCGCUCGAGAGGGAGCUAGAAGAGGUGAGAGUGUCCCUGUCCCAGAAGGACGCUCAGCUCCAGGCGUUCCAGCGCGAGCACGUGGAUCUGAUGAAGAAGCUGACGGAGACUCAGGACGCCCUGCAGAGUAAAGAGCAGGCGCUGCAGCUGAUGGAGGCGCGCUACGAGCAGCUGCAAGCCGAGCUGGACGAGCUCCAGGCCGACGCCUCCGCCCGAGACGAGGAGCUGCAGUUCCUGCGCAACGAAAAGAUCGUCCUGGAGGUGGCGCUGCAGGCGGCGCGCGCAGAGAAGACCCAGCUGGGGGACGGGGCGGAGAGACUCGGACAGGACGUGCUGGACUCGUCCGACGAACUCGUAAAGCUCAGACAGGAAGUGCAAGUCCAGGCCACACAGAUCGAGUCCCUGCAGCAGGAGAACGUUUCGCUGAAGAAACAAGCACAGAAACUGAAGGAGCAGUUCAACCAGCAGAAGGUGAUGGUGGAGGCGUACAGGCGAGACGCCGCCUCUAAGGAGCAGCUGAUAUCGGAGCUGAAGGCCACCAAGAAGCGUCUGCUGUCGGAGGUGAAGGAGCUGAAGGAGGAGGUACAGCGGGCGGAGCAAGGGAAGAGGAGCGCCGAGCUGGAGCAGCAGCGCCUCCUGCAGGAGGUCCAGAGAGUGCAGCAGCAGAUGAGUAGCCUGGAGGAACAUCUACAGGAGGUACAGAGCGAGCGAGACCAGCUCAACACACAGCUGCAGUCUGUGCAGUUUGAUCAGAGUCAGCUCUCUGCGGUGUCGCAGGAGAACGAGGUCCUGAGGAAGAAGGUGGAGGAGAUGCAGAACGACGCCAAAAAGGCGAUUUCCGAGCAGAAGGUAAGGAUGAAGAGGUUGGGGACGGAUUUGACGAGUGCGCAGAAGGAGCUAAAGGUGAAACACAAGGCGUACGAGAACGCCGUGAGCAUCCUGAGCCGCCGCCUGCAGGAGGCGCUGACGGAGAAGGAGACGACGGAGGCGGAGCUAGUGAAGCUCCGAGCGCAGGUGGACGAGGGCGGGAACAACCAGGCGCUGCAGGCGAAGGUGGAGUCGCUGCAGGCGGAGCUGAACGCCGUGCUCCAGAGUAAAGCCCUGCUGGAGAAGGAGCUGCAGGAGGUGAUCAGUCUGACCAGCGGCGAGCUCGAGGAGUACCAGGAGAAGGUGCUGGAGCUGGAGGACGAGCUGCAGGAGGCGCGCGGCUUCAAGAAGAGAAUCCGACGCCUGGAGGACGCUAACAAGAAGCUAGCGCUGGAGCUCGAGCACGAGAAGGGCAAGCUGACCGGACUCGGGCAGUCCCACAAUGCACUGCGGGAGCACGCUAACGUCCUCGAGGCUGCGCUGGCCAAGAGAGAGGCUGACCUGGUCCAACUCAACCUGCAGGUCCAGGCCGUGCUGAAGAGGAAGGAGGAGGAGGACCAGCAGAUGAGGAACCUGGUCCAGACCCUGCAGGCCUCGCUCGAAAAGGAGAAGAUCAAAGUGAAGGAGUUGACCGAGCAGGUGGCCGAGGCCCGUCUGGAGGCGGCCCAUAACCGCAGACAUUAUCGAGCGGCCGUGCUGGAGCUCAGCGAGAUCAGGAAGGAGCUCCAGACCAAAGAGGAGCUGCUGAGGACACUGCAGGAGGAGGCCAGGAGACUCGAAGCUCAGGACGCUCAGCGCUCCCAGGAUGUGUCGCGGUUCGAGGCCGAGCUGGCCACCGCACACACACAGCUGCAGAUCUUACAGAAACAGCUGGACGAUGAACUCAACAAGCAGCCGCUCACUAACCAGGAGGUGGAGGAUCUGAAGUGGGAGGUGGAGCAGAAGCAGCAGGAGCUUGAUGCACAGCGCCACCAGGUGGAACUCUCAGAGAAAUGCAACCAGAAAGAGCUGGACACGGUGCAGGAGACACUGCAGAGGGUGCGUGUGGAGUUGGAGAUGGUGCAGGAGGAGCUGAACGGCAGCAGGAAGGAUAAGUUUGUGCUUCAGGCGAAGGUGGUCGAGCUGAGGAACAGCAUGAAGAGCCUGCUGCAGCAGAACACACAGCUCAAACAGGAGCUCAAACACACACGCACACGCAAGCAGCGGAUGGAGGUGAAGUGUGACUCCGCCCCCCUGACCCCGGUGAAGAUCCCGGACUGCCCGGUUCCCGCCUCGCUAUUGGACGAGCUGCUGAAGCCGGCCGCGUCCGUCAACAAGGAGCCGCUUAACAACCUGCACAACUGCUUACGGCAGCUCAAGGAGGAGAUGGACAGUCUCCAGAAGCAGAUGGAGGAGCACACGGUUACCGUGGCGACCUGGGUCACGGCGGAGGAGGAGCUUCAGAGACUCGGUAUCCACGACAACGGGAGCCCGUCCAGUAAGGAAGAGAAAACGCAGCCGGAAAAGAUGACAUCCUCGUAAACACAUCAGCGAGGGGGACACGUUUUAUCCGAGAGCGCACAUGUUUCGGACACUCUUUCUGUUUUUCCCCGUCCAUAUCGGUUGGACCUGAUGCUUUAUUUGUUUGUCUCUUGUGUUAUGCUUUUAUUUCAUUUUAUUAUUUAUCUGGUGGGACGUCGGAAGAUCUGUUGCUAGAAUUCACCAAAAAUCAUGUGACAAAUUAUAUAUAAAUAUCUAUAAAUAUAAACCGACGCGUUUUACACGUCAGAAUCAGUGUUCCUGUAGUGAGUAGGCUGCCUACGUAGGGCACAGGGAGUCUCGCCGCGUUUAGGAUGGAAGUUCGGCUCGGACAUGAGAGUAAUAAGAUCAUAAACCGCAAUAAGGCGACGGAUCGUCAAACGGUUCUGACCUGAUAGAAAAGAGUUGAUUCAGAAUUAAAGUCAAUUUGACUCUUUUGAAUCAUUUGCUGUGUACUGGAUCGGUUUACAUAGUUAUGUGUUUAAUUUAAGUAAGAACCAAAACGUAAUGUUAGAGGUGUGUGUAGGGCUGAGAACCUCCUCGUAAUAAAUAUCUAAAUGCACCGUUACCUGUUAAGUAUGUGUGGGAAUCAUAAAAGUGACUCAUGAGUCGACUCUACAUUGAUUCACUAAAGUUUACCGAGACCACCAGGUGUAAUCUCGUGCCUCACUCGCUGGACACCGCGCAUUGGCCAGUAAGACAAAGUGCGGAGGGGGACACACUAACCUACAAUUCACACACACACACACACACACACACAUGCGCAGGUGUGAAUAUAUCCAUUGUAUAUACAUGUGUAUAAUACGUACGCACGCGGUUAUUUCGUCAGCUCCGUUCUCUGUGGAUCGCCCUGAUCCUGAACGAGAAGCUGAGCUAGUGGCAAUACUGUAACGUGUGUGUGUGUGUGUGUAUAAAGUGUUUAUCAGAGCCUCGGCAUGUUAAAGGGCUGCAAAUUCCUCAAAGAAGAAAAAAAAAUGCACCUUUUCCACGCAGUGUCUCUGUUUCCAUGACGACAGGAGUUCCCUGUUUGUAAAACGCUAACAGGAUUCACUUUUUCCUCAGACGCCCGUAUUUGGUUGUGUUCCUGUGCGCCGCGUGUACAGUGUAGAUGUGGAUCAGGAAUUAAAGGGCUGUUUAUUCUAGCUGAGAACAGCGCGGAAACGUCCCUCGUGUUUUAAGCCCCGCCCUCAGGCCCCGCCCUCAGGGAACGUCACUCCGGCGAUGCUCUCAUCACAACACUGUGCUGAAGUUACAGGGUCGCACAUCAUCAUAAACACUUGAAGAAACGGCGCGCUCGUGUAGAUGGGUACGAUCCUCUCCUCCUCCUCCUGCUCCUUCCUGUCACAUGAUCAGUUCCGCAGAGUUUUGUGGUAUUCAAGCUACUGUGGAAUCUCUGGUCAGUUUAUUAACAUUAUUGUUAAUAUUAUUUUAAUGUUUGUUUUUAAUCUGUUACUCUCAUAUCUCGAGACGUGAUUGUGAGGUGAGUGACUGACGCCAAACCCGCCUGCUCCGACCCUGCGUAGACGCUUAACCAGGUCUCCCCGCUGUGGAGUGUGAUGUAAUUUAUAUAAAAUGUGUGUGUAUAUAUAAUAAGAGACGUCUGGACAGACACUGAUAUUGCACAACUGACGCUUGGGGAGGGAGGGAGGGGGGGGGACAGAAAAAGAUGUAAAAUAUUAUAGUUGGUGUUUUUCUUUCUGUGCGAACUUGACGAGUGUGUGUGUGUGUGUGUGAGACGAGACGAGACCCAGGUGCUUUAGGCAUUUAAAGUAGGCUGACUGGGACGCAGAACCGAAUCACAAUAAAAAGAGAUAUAUCGUGGUGUUUGUGUGUGUGUGUGGGAGGAAAAUCACUGAUAUGUUAAUGUUUUCUGUAACAAUUGAGAAAGGAGUCUCCAGUGUCAGACUCUUCAUAUACACACACACACACGCAGGGUGUUCUAUUGUUUUCACCGAGCAGGAUCUCAGCACAUGUCUAGUUUAAAGCUUGAAUUCUACAGAGUGUAAAUUAUUAUUAAUUAAUAAUAUUAAGCUUUUAAAAAAAACCACCUUCUGGUCUUCUUAAUUCUGCACGUUUUAACUGGUCUUUUGUCAUUGUUUAGUUUUAAUACACCUCCUCAGGAGGGUUACAGCAGGAGUCAUCAGAGACGUUACAGAGUGCACGUCACACCCCGGGCGCUGAGGAACGUGACGACUUCACUCUUCUGUCUCGUUUUGCAAAGAAAAAGAAAAGCAAGUCCUGUUUGAAGGAACCAAUUAUUUUCUGUUUAAUCCGUACUGUUACUGUUUAUAUGAACCUGACUAUACUGUGUAAAUGUGUGUAAAUGAUGACGUGUGUGGGGGGCGUAUUGCAUUGCACCUUUUUCUUUUCGUUGAAUUUUUUUUAAUCAUACUGUCAUGGCUGAGAUGAAAUCCUGGAGUGAAUACAGCUGAGAAAAACAAAUGCA